UCGCCUUCCUGGCUUGUGCGAACCUACCCGCAAUUCGUCUCGGAUACACCCGGAACAACGUGAAUGGAGGGGCAGGUGUGACAGAACUUCGGUUCAACAGGUGCAACGAAGACCAAAAGCCUCCAUCAUGACAGUCAGUCCCCGCCUGCGGAAGUUACUUCCGCUUAUGGCCAUUACUUUCUUCUUCUUUUCAGCAAUUGGAUGCCUGACACCUUUCUUAAGUCUGCACUUAAGAUCUCUCGGUCUCUCCGACGAAGAGGCUGUAAUCAUCAAUACAGCGGCAGCGUUCAGCAGCCUUCUGGGUCCCGUUGUCGUCGGCCUCGUAUCCGAAAGACAUUCUGCCUACAAGUCGCUCCUGGUUCUUUCCCUGGUGUUCUCCGGAGCCGGCUACACGGCGCUGCUUGGUGUACCCAAGGUCGUCAGGAGUCCUCGGAAUCCGCUGGUGGAAUUCGAUUGUCCUUCUGGACUCUUCCUGGAACGAUGUCCCGAAUGGGACUCUUGCGUCGGCUCCGAACUCAACCCCCUCGGCCUCGCAACAUUCCGGGUCUCCAACUGUCACUACCAGUGCGGCGAGAACCAGACGGCUGUCAAGCAGCCCAUCCAUUUCUGCUUCCUGAGUAACGAGGGCAACCUUUGCAUCAUCCACGAGGCCGGGACCCGGGACAACUCGACCACGGAGUUCGGGGCCAGCUUCUUGGCGAGUACGGCCAGAACGCUGUACGACGUGAGUGCCGGCAAGUUCCUGGACCACGGCAGCAAGAGGAGCGACGACCUCAUCGACGUGUGCAGCUUCGACCUCUUGGCGCCCAUUGUGGUGAACCAGAAGCAGUUCGCAGACUACGAGUGCCGGCCACAUCCCGACGGCUGCAUCAUCCGCUGCUCGGUGGCGGUCGCCGACAACCUGGGACGUCGCAUGCACUCGGCGCCUUGCGUCGAGAUCAAGGGCGACCCACAAACCACCUUCUGGGCGACGCUAGCUUUGAGAGUCUUCGCGGACCUGUGGUUGGUGACGUCCUUCUACCUCAUCGAAGCCGUCACCAUCUUGUCCAUUAACGACUUCAACGGACUCUACGGUCGAAUCAAGUUUUGGGGCGCAUUGGGCAUGACCAUCUUUUCGGCAGUCACGGGCGUCCUCAUCGACUACUACACGGAGGUAACCGGCGGCGGACCUGACUUCUCGCCCGCUUUCUUUGUCUUCGACGGCCUCGCCCUGGUAGCUUGCGCCCUCGUAGCUGUUCUUCCGGCGGUCGAGGACAAGAAGGUAAACCAGGUCCUCCACUACGGCCUGGGACAAGAGCCUCGGUUCUGCUCCCUUGACAUGACCUUUUUGCUGUUCCUUGUCCUCUUGCUGGGAAUCAUAUGGGGUUAUCUUGAGACCUAUCUGCACUGGAUGUACUCCGAGAUGGGCUCCAGUCACCUGCUGGUCGGUCUGUCGCUGGCGUUGCCCAUGGGCUGUGCCUUGCCAUUCUUGGCCAUCGCCAAGAACCUGGUUAGGAACAUCGGGAGAGCCAACCUGGUUGUGUUCGGGUUUCUCUUCUACGCGACGAGGGCGGCUGGACUGUCCUUCGUCACUGCCCGGUGGUGGACCACGCCGUUCGAAGCGAUGGAAACGUUCACUCUGCCCGUGCUCUGGGUGGCGCUGGUCGCCUACGCGCAGAAGCUGGUUUCCGUUCAGCAGCGGCUGACCAUCCAGUGUGUUCUCAUCAUCCUACAUUUCUGCAUAGGACGGGGCACAGGCAGCAUCGCCGGCUUCUUCUUGAACGACGCCUUCGGCCAGCGCAACACCUUCCGCGGCAUCGCGGUGGUGUCGGCCAGCGUGGGCCUGCUCUACCUGUUCCUCUACCACACCUGCCUGCGGAGGGUUCGCAGGAGGCACCGGAGGCACCAGUCCGUGAUGCCAGCGACCAUCAACGGCGGCUGGUACCCGAUGCAGAACCCCCGCGCCAACGGGGACACCCCGGCCCACAGACCCAUGAUGGGAGACCAGGACGACUCGGACACCGGGGGCUUCGAGGAUCGGGACAACUGGUCAAAGAGGAACAGAAACUGACCGAGCGGUCCGAGCCGCGGUUUCAGCCUCCUCUUGACUCUGCGCAGCGUCUCGGGCGCCCGCGUACGCUGCGCCAUCUUCAUUGUGUUUGCAGAAAACGACUCGGUGUGUAUAUAUACAGGCCAGCGGGCACUGUUUACCAAACAAGCGGGCUCGUCCGCACCAGCUGUUGACAGUGCGCGUGCGCGGAAACCGGAUUCGCGUGAGGUGACGCUUUUGCGCAUGCGCCGCUUCGACAGCCGGACGCGGUGUGUACGGACAGAUCAUUGCUGGGAUGUACCCGGCACGACGUGGCGGUAUAGGCGUCAUGCACGCGUGCGUCGUAGCAGCGUUGUCCACCGAGAUCUCGGCGUCGUCAUAAGUUGUCCGCGGACAAGAGCUCCGUGUGGAGAACACCGACCGCCGUUGUAUCCGCGGCACGACGCCCGGAGCGGCCAAUCCUGACGC